GUUAACCCGCGGUGAUCCAAGCUUCGUCGUAUAAUAGAGAGCUCGAACACGAACCGAUUGAUGCAACGUGCGGCUGUAGUUGCGCGUUGCGAUUCAGCGGAAAUAGCCGGUGCGUCUCGCAGUGUUUACGCCGCGUAAUAAUCGCGCAUUCGACAACAGCCAAUCGUAACGGAAGAAAGUCGGCGGCGGUCCGAGUUGAUGUAUAUAUUUAGCAUGUCGGACGCGAAGUCGAAAUCACGGAUUUCACGCAAUAAACUGUCAUACCGUCGCAGCGUGCCGUCUCCCACCACCUGUCGCAUUCACGCUCACUGAUUAUGCAACGCCGAGCUGUAAUAUUUUGCGGCUUCGGGGAGAGUCAUGCAUUGUCGAUUAUGAUCGCGAGUGUACGCACGUUUCUUGCGCGACAAUCAGCGACAAUAAACGCGCGUCGAGACACGCAUGAAUUCGUCGGUGCACGCGGAACGACACAUGCGCGUGUGUAUGCAGAAUGGCAGGUGUUGUAUAUGUGAUAGGACUGCUGUUAGGAGGGGCAGCAGCUUGGACCGUUAAUAUUACACAUGACAUAACUGUACAUAUGAAUCAAGUAAUAUUAGUCCCCUUCAGCAUAUAUAACGUUACCUUAUCCAAUCCACAUAUACGGUAUGGUACCGAUCAGCAUAUCGCAAAAAUAAGUUCUUUUUUUGCAAGGGUAAACAAAACUUCUUUCGAUGGUAUGUUAAAUAUCACUGGCGAAUUCCUUGGUACGACGAAAUUAACGUUUACUAUGACAGAAACGGAGAUUAUAGAGAACCAAGAAGCAGCUGUCAUUACCGUAAUACGAGAGGAACGCACAAUAGACUCUAUAUUUACCGCCAGUGUAGCGAUACUUGUAUCCAUUUUGUAUAUUAAUUUUGGCUGCGCUAUAGAUUGGAACGUAUGUCGCAAUACAUUAAGAAGGCCAAUAGGUCCAGCCAUAGGUUUCUUCUGCCAGUUUGUGAUCAUGCCAUUGUUAAGUUUUUUCAUUGGAUAUCUUUUAUUUCCUCAUCGUCCUGAACUGCAAAUAGGCAUGUUCUUCACAGGAAUAAGUCCAAGUGGUGGCGCUUCUAAUAUGUGGACACUGUUACUUGAUGGCAAUUUGAAUCUUUCAAUCACAAUGACCACUAUAUGUACCAUUGCUGCAUUUGGAAUGAUGCCAUUUUGGGUCUUCACAUUGGGUAGAUAUAUUUUUGAACAGGGAAAAAUCGCAGUUCCUUAUCGCCAUAUCGGAACUUUCGUAAUUGGUCUUAUAAUUCCACUGGCCAUAGGAUUUUUAAUUCAAAAAAAGUUUCCAAGAGUAUCAAAAAUAUUAGUCCGAAUAAUGAAACCUUUUUCUGUGAUUUUAAUUAUAUUCAUCAUUAUAUUUGCUAUCGUGACUAAUCUGUAUAUAUUUAAACUGUUUACGUGGGAAAUCAUAAUCGCAGGAAUGGGUUUACCCUGGAUAGGCUUUUCAUUUGGUUUUCUAAUAGCGUAUAUUUGCAAGCAAUCUGAAGCUGAUAUACGGGCGAUUGCCAUUGAAACUGGUAUUCAAAAUACGGGCGUGGCGAUCUUUUUAUUACGAUUUACAUUGAAGCCACCCUCUGACGAUCUAACUACUGUGGUUCCUGUGUCUGCCGCAAUGAUGACACCGGUACCAUUAGCAAUUUUAUUUAUAAUAAAAUUGAUUUAUCAGUACAGGCAAAAAAAAACAACGAAAGUAACACUAGAACCUGUUCCGUCGUUAGAAAAGCUCCAACAAGUUACAGAUAUUUCUACGCAAAUAAAUGAACCUAGAUUAUACAAUCAUGCAGAAUAA